GACUGUUGGCUGAUGACAACAAGUUUGGAUUCAUUAUUAUGGAUGGUAACGGCACGCUGUUUGGAACACUCCAAGGGAAUACCCGUGAAGUUCUGCAUAAAUUUACGGUUGAUUUACCAAAGAAACACGGUAGAGGAGGACAGUCCGCCCUACGUUUUGCUCGUCUGCGAAUGGAGAAGCGACAUAAUUAUGUCCGUAAGGUUGCCGAAUGUGCCGUGGAAAUGUUCAUCAAAAAUGACAAAGUCACUGUUGCUGGCUUGAUACUGGCUGGUAGUGCCGAUUUCAAGACGGAACUUGGACAAUCUGAUAUGUUUGAUCAGCGAUUGCAAGCGAAGAUGGUAAAGACGGUUGAUAUAUCUUAUGGAGGCGAGAACGGCUUCAACCAGGCUAUCGAGCUUGCUGCUGAUGCUCUUGCAAACGUCAAGUUCAUCCAAGAGAAAAAGCUCAUUGGAGGCUAUUUUGAUGAGAUCAGUCAGGACACUGGGAAGUAUGUAUUUGGAGUAAAGGACACUCUACAAGCACUUGAAAUGGGUGCCGUGGAAACGCUCAUCUGUUGGGAGAACCUUGAUAUUAUUCGAUACCGACUAAAGAAUGCGGCUGGAGAAUUUUUCGGAUGGCGAGAAUUUGUUCCUUAUCAAAGCGAGAAUUUGUUCCUUAUCAAAUUCUAUUUUCAAAAUUGCUAUAAGCAAGAGGCGCUGUGGUCAUACAUCGACGAGGGAAUAAUAGCACAAGUUUGGGUUUAUCUAUUUUCUGGACAAUUUUUUUUUUCAGAGGAGAAGAUUCUUAACCUUAGACCCGACGAGGAGAAAGAUAAGACUCAUUUCACUGACAAGGAAACUGGGCAGGAUAUGGAAAUUGUGGAAACGAUGCCUCUUCUUGAAUGGUUUGCCAACAAUUAU